AUGGCCACAGACAACCCCGUGGAAAGUCUCCGGGAGGAAGCUACAUGCCCCAUCUGCCUGGAGUAUUUUAAGGACCUGGUGAUUAUAGACUGUGGGCACAAUUUCUGCCGAGUCUGCAUCACCCAGUGCUGGGAGGGAUCCGAUACAGACGUCUCCUGCCCUCAGUGCAGAGAAACUGUGCAACAGGGAAACCUCAGGCCGAACAGGCAGCUGGCAAAUGUUGUAGAAAUAGCCAAACGGUUGAGUUUACAGGCAGCAAAGGGAGCAGGAGGGGACGGGGUGUGUGGGGAACACCAGGAGGCUCUGAAACUGUUCUGUGAAGAGGAUCAAACUUCUGUCUGUUUGGUUUGCCAUCUGUCCCGGGAUCACAGAGAUCACAGGGUGGUUCCCAUAAAGGAGGCUGCGCAGGAGUACAAGGUGAAACUCCAGGGAGCCCUGGACCCUCUGAGGAAGGAGCUGGAAGAGGCCCUGGCUCUGACGUCUAAAGAGGAGGAGAAAACCACAGAAUGGCAGCCAGGUGAUGAACCCAGGGGACACAAUGUCUGUUCCGGUUCACCUGCCUUUUACAGUGAAAUCCCUGCCAAGAGCAUAGGGGGUGUGAGGAAGGUGCCAGCAGCAGGGAUGAGAGGAGAAAGGAAUGUGAAGAACAGGAGAGAGACGAUUGCAGGUGAAUUUAACAGACUGCACACGCUGCUGAGAGAGCAGGAGCAGUUGCUUCUGCAGAGCCUGGAGGAGGAGGAGAGGGAGACUCUGCAGAGACUACAGGAAAAUGUCACCAAACUCUCCCAGCAAAGCUCCUCUCUGCAGCAGCUGAUCACAGAGAUCGAGGAGAAGUGUCAGCAACCAGUUGUCGAGCUGCUAAAGGAUGUGAAAAGCACAUUGAGCAGGAGUGAGAAUGUGAAACUCCAGGAACCAGAAGCUGUUUCUACUGACCUGAAGGACAUGUAUAAAAUUUCCCUUGACAUGAAUGAAGUGUUGAAAAGAUUUGGAGUGGACGUGACUCUGGAUCCAGACACGGCUCAUCCCCAACUCAUCCUAUCUGAGGAUCGGAAACGUGUGAGAGUCGGAGACAAACGCCAGGAUCUGCCCGACAACCCUGAGAGAUUUGAUAAAUAUACCAUUGUCCUGGGCACUGAGGGGUUCGCGGGCGGGAGGCGUUACUGGGAGGUGGAGGUGGGAGACAAGACAGGCUGGGACCUGGGGGUUUGUAGGGAAUCUGUGAGCAGGAAGGGGCAGGUCACAUACAGACCUGAGGAUGGAUACUGGGUCGUGUGGCUGAGGGAUGGGGAAUACAAGGCCCUCACCUCCCCCUCAACCCCCCUCCCCGUGAGCGUCAGGCCCAGCCGGGUGGGGAUUUUCCUGGACUAUGAGGCGGGCGAGGUCUCGUUUUACAAUGUGACUGACAGGUCCCAUCUCUUCACUUUCACUGGCACCUUCUCCGGGACGCUCCGCCCUUAUUUCUAUCCUGGUGUCAACGCUGGGGGUACAAACGCGGCUCCCCUGAUAAUCUGCCCGGUCCCAGCUCAGGCCGGGGGGAAUCUCUGUCCCUGACAGUGACCCCGCGGCACAGACUGUCCCCUCCCAGCACUGCUGAUCUUCCCGCCCCCAGUAGUGGGGGCCAGUUACUGCAGCAACUGGAGUUUUUGUGCUGACCGGACGCUGCCAGUUUCCCUUUUCAACUGGAGCUUCCAGUCAAAAAACAGACACCUGGGAACCCCCAGCCCUCACCUUCCCCGUCCCCUGCCCCAGGGGUAGCAGAUGGGGGUGGAUGGGGUCAUUUACCCUUGUCAGAAUUUUCUACCCCGUGAAAGCUCAACGUAAAAUAUGAAAGAAAAAAGAUUAUUCUAAUUUAGAAAAUAUUAUUGUAACAAGGUGUAAAUACAAGAACAUUUUAAUUUUCAUUUCAACAGUAUUUCAAAAACAAGCAUCUAAACGUAUUUUUAGAAUUGGAAUUAUUUACAUUUAUUUUUUGAUUCUUCCCUCAAGUCUAUAUUGAAGUUUUACUUCUCUAAAUAACGUCAUUUGUAUUUCAA